GUGCAAUUGUAGAUUUAACAGUCUCUGCUUAGCUUUCAAGCUUUUCAAGGUCUAGGGUGAGCCAACCUGGAUUUGUAAGGUCUGCUGAGCCUCGCUCAAUCUUAUAACAACGACUAUGAAACUGAUAUUUGAUGAUUUGUCAUUUUAAUUCCUCAAACAUUUUACAUGUUAGUAUUUCAGAACGAAGAUAGCGAUGGAAGGUGGUGAGAAUGAGAAUGGGGGUAAGAAGAGGGGAUGUGGUUGCAGCAAGCAAGAUUUCUUGCCAGAAGAGUCAUUUCAGAGUUGUAGAAGCUAUUUGAAUGCAUUGUGUAACACUAAAUCUAGGCUUAGAGACCGGCUGCUGGCACGUUCCGCGGACCACAUGGAACUACAUGAAAUACGUGGUCGUAGCCAGCAUGAAAUGAAGAAAAGGUUGAAUUGGUGGGACAUAAUUUGGUUUGGGAUUGGAGCUGUGAUGGGUUCAGGAAUAUUUGUCCUCACUGGGGAAGCUGCUAGAAAUCAUUCUGGGCCUGCAGUUGUGGUUUCGUAUCUUAUUUCAGGUAUGACUGCGCUGCUCUCGGUUUUGUGCUACACUGAAUUCUGUGUGGAACUGCCGGUUGCGGGAGGCUCAUUUACAUAUCUUAGAGUAGAGCUGGGUGAUUUCGUUGCUUAUAUUGCUGCUGGGAACAUUCUGUUUGAGUACGUGGUUGCUGGUGCUAGUGUGGCAAGGUCCUGGACUUCCUACCUCGCUACUUUGUUCAACCAUGACCCCAAUAGUUUCCGCUUCCAUGCUUCAUCCUUUCCCGAAGACUACAGCCAUUUAGACCCUAUUGCAGCAGUUGUCUCACUGCUCAUCUGCAUUGCCGCUUGUAUGAGCACCAAAGGGUCCUCAAGGUUCAAUUCCAUUGCCACCAUUGUCCAUCUACUAGUUUUGCUUUUCAUUCUCAUUGUUGGUUUAACCAAAGCUAACCCCCAACAUUUUUCCAACUUUGCCCCUAAUGGCAUCCGUGGUAUUCUGAAAGCUUCCUCUAUUCUCUUCUUUGCUUAUGUGGGAUUUGAUGGAGUGGCAACCCUUGGAGAAGAGGUUAAGAACCCGGGUCGAGAUAUCCCAAUCGGCUUAAUAGGCUCGAUGUUGAUUAUAAUACUACUGUAUUGCCUUCUCUCAGCAACAUUGAUUUUGAUCCAACCCUACUACCAAAUUGAUGUGAAUGCGCCAUUUACUUUGGCAUUCCACGCCAUAGGCCUGGAAUGGGCUAAAUAUAUUGUUGCUUUAGGUGCAUUGAAGGGCAUGACCACGGUCUUGCUAGCCAACAUACUCGGACAAGCUCGGUAUUUCACUCACAUAGGGCGCACUCAUAUGGCACCACCCUUCCUUGCAACCAUUAACGAGAAAACAAGAACACCAGUUAACGCCACAGUCGUCAUGACCCUCGUAAACUCCAUCGUAGGAUUCUUCACAAGCCUUGACGUGCUGGCAAACCUUCUUUCCCUGACAACACUGUUAAUUUUCUCACUGGUUGCAUUGGCGCUUUUGGUUAGACGUUACUAUGUGGGAGGUGAGACAACAAGCUCCAACAGAAACAAGCUGAUCCUGUUCUUGAUGUUGAUCAUAGGAUCCUCAAUUGCUACUGCUGUAUAUUGGGCGAUUGGGAAAAAUGGAUGGAUCGGGUAUGCAGUGACAGUCCCCAUUUGGUUCAUAGCUACGCUUGGGCUAAAUCUGAUGGUGAAGGAAGCAAAGAAACCCAAGUUGUGGGGAGUGCCAUUAGUGCCUUGGCUACCAUCAGCUUCUUUUGCCACUAAUGUUUUUAUCAUGGCUUCAGUUAAUGGGGCAUCAUAUGUGCGAUUUGGAAUCUGGACAUUGCUAUUGCUACUCUAUUAUGUUUUCAUUGCACUACAUGCUUCAUAUGAUGCAGCCAAGGAGACUACUGAUACAACUUCCGCAGCUACUGCUACAUGCCUUGAGGAUGGAGGAGCAUCACAACUCCACCAUUGAACCUUUUCUGGAGUAGAUUAUUAUUAUAUAUUGCUCUUAUUUAUUUUCAUUAUUUGUAACUUCAAGGUUUAAUUAGAUUAAUGCAACAUUUUGUUUUCUAAUUCGGCUUCUGCAAAUUAAUUUCAUAUUAAAAUUUUUAAGAUUACCAACUGAAGCAUUUCAGGAGGCAAGGCCAAACGUCCAGGCUGGUUUUCUCUACAAGAAGAUAAAAAGGCCGAAGGAAAGAUGAUCAAAUAAAACGAAGGAAAUUCUUGCGAAUAGAGUAGAAUAUCGUCAUUUAAAUAAUGAAUUACGCACAAGUGAAACACCUGCAGCUCCCCUAAUGCUUUGAAAACCCAACACUGGAUAAUAUAUAUAUAUAUAUAAAUUGCUUACAAGCUAAAAACAAUGAAGAUGGCAAUGGCACCAACAAAAAGACCUUUGGGUGAGAAAGCACACAGACCUAAAAAAAGGAAACUUACAAUUGAUUGCUUUUUGAUGCGUUUAUAUUUUCUGACCAAAUUUUAUGUCUCUAUCUUAAGGAGAGAAUUAAGAGAUGUACUAUUGAACCGCUGAGCAAGACCACGGAUCACAAGAACAAUAACAUCCCUGAUGUAUCGCGAAUGCACCAUGAGGUCUACUUCGUUCUCGCUGUCCACCACAAUCCUAAGUCGGCGU